CAAACUUGAUCAGCUCGAAAGCACAAUCGAGAGAGUCGCCUGAUCAUAUUGGAAAGACUUAUUGACUGAUCGCAUCCGCGUCUUUCAUGUCACCAAUACCGACGUCUACCUUGCUGGUUCGAGGAGGCGUGGUUGCGCUGUUGGCCUCGAGCGCGACACUGCUCUAUCAGAGAUGGACCCACGAGCCGAUCUUUGUGCCACACCCGGGUUCUCUUAUUGGUCGGACGAUUGUCAUUACUGGCGGUACCGCAGGGUUGGGCUUGGAAUCAGCCAAGCGCUUGGCGUACGGUGGUGCAAACGUAGUUGUGACCGCACGAAGCGUCGAGAAAGGAGAAAAGGCCGUCCAAGCUGUGCAAGACUACCUGAAAGAGAGCAAUAUCCCAGACAAGCCCAAGGUCUCUUUCAAAGUUGUGGAUUUAAACAAUCUUGCGUCCGUAAAAGAAGCGGCAAAUUGGGAUGAUCUUGAGCAAAUUGAUGUACUCAUGAACAAUGCUGGUGUUAUGGGGUUGCCCGAGCUGGAAUUAACAAAGGAUGGUUUGGAAAAGCAAAUUCAAUCCAAUCAUCUGGGGCACUUUGUGUUGACAGCCGUACUGACCCCAAAGUUUAGCGAUAGAGCCCGUAUCAUUAGCGUCUCGUCGGAGGCUUAUAAGUUUGCCAGGCAAGGAAUUCUAUGGGAGUAUGUGUGGACUGGAUCUCCCGAUUACGGCCCCUGGAAGUCAUACGCACAAUCCAAACUUGCCAACAUUCUUUUCACGGCGGAAUUGCAACGUCGCAUCGACGACGCGGGAAAGUCUUGGAAAGCUGUUGCGCUCCAUCCCGGUGUGGUGGCAACUAAUCUGGGACGGAACUAUUUUGGAGAAAAUCUGUGGGACAGGAUCCAAGCCGAUAGGCGGACUCCACAGUGGUCGAGCCAUCCCUUCCAGGAGUUGGGGGUGUAUUUUUUGAAACUUGGUCUCAACACCCCCGUCCAGGGCGCCACGACACAGAUUCUGUUGGCGAGUGGUGCCGAGGAGAGUCCAGGUUUGUACUAUGCCAAAUCCAAGCCACAAAAAGUGGCCGAAUUUGCAACCGAUCCGCACGCUGCCAAACGGUUUUGGAAGGAAAGUGAAGAAUUGUCCAGUGUUGUUUUUGAAAUUUCGGCUUGAAAACUUUCUACUAAUAUACGAUACUCCCCAUGACCACCAUUCUUUCGAGUAUCGGUACGGAUGUUAGUAUCGAGGUGAUAGUUCAGGAGUAUUUGUCUCUGGGAAACGAGCUCAAAAACACGCUCGAGGCGCGUGCGGGGAUCGCCAAAAAGUCUAAGCGCUUACAGUUAGGAAAGUACUGGAACGGAAACUUAAGAGAGAUGGUUAACUUCAUUGU